GGCAUUUGCCCACUGGAUUCUGGAGGAAACAUAUCGUCCAAUACCUCGUCUGACUUUAGAAGAAGUAAAAUGCCUACACAAAGCUACAGUCUUCAGUCAGAGGACUCUCCAGAUUCGUUGGAAGACUAACAGCUACCAAGGAUUCUUUCUGCCCACAGCAUCACCAUCUACAACGAUUCUUUGAAGAUUAGAUGAUGCUGAUAGUCACGUGAGCAGCAGACACUAUAAAGCCGGAGGAGGUCACGCUCUGCCAGUUAAUCUUCGUUUGAGAGAAGGCGAAGAAUAUCUUCCUCAGCGGUCUGAAGGGUUCCGUUUGUGUGGUUGGCCCGUCCAAAGUAAAUUUGUCUUACACAUGGCCUCCAUUAAAUUCGGAACCAGUACUAGUCCAUGCAAGGUGCCCUCUGAAGAGAGGGUAAAAGAGGUUGAAGAUUAUGAUAGCAGGGGAAACUGUGAUCCAGACAAACUUCUACAGUGUCCUUUUGACAAAAACCACCAAAUCCGCUCCUGCCGCUUCCCAUAUCACCUGAUUAAGUGCAGGAAGAAUCACCCAAAACUGGCCAGUGAACUGAAAACCUGCCCAUUUAAUGCUCGCCAUCUGGUUCCCAAGCACGAGCUUGCUCACCACACAGAGACCUGCGAAGACAGAAUAUCUGUGGACACUGAAAAUGUUGGAAGCAGAAAUGGACAUGUUGGCUGGGAUGUUCCAGUCAACACUUGGGUCAACCCAAACAUGACUGAGGACUGGGAUAAGGAGGCAGAUAAUGUUCAAACUCCAUUUGUGUGGGGUGUAAGCUCCAAGUUGAACCAAAUACUGGCUGCCAGACCCAGUAACAAUCUUGGCCCUAAUUUUAGAGCUCCCAGUACGCUGCCAUGGCCCAAUUAUGAGCUSUGAGCUCUUCCAAAGCUGUUCAUAUGCAUGGAGUUUUUUUUGCUGUUCUUUUUUUUUGCAUGUUUUGAUCAGUUUGAAUCAGUUUGAAUAAACUAUCUGAAACCUCUCA